AUUUACCCCUCUGACCUCCCCGAAGCGCCUACGAGCAAACAAAUUCAAAUCGAAGGAAGACGUUAUAAGAGCCUCCGAAUUUUGUGACCUGUGUUGCUUACUUCUCGAAGGAAACGACGGUAUAUUAUAUUAGCGUCGCGAAAAUAGCGAUUUCCUUUACGUAAUUGACGAUGGCGACGAGAAAUCGAACCGCAGUUACGAUAAACCAUCAAACAAAUCAGGAAAAUAUUAAAAAUAUAAAACCUUCAGUUGUACCAGUGAAUUUAAAAAGAGCAGCACUAGGUGAAAUAAGUAACAAAGUUAAUACAUUGAGAGGUGCACAGCCCAUAGAUAGGACUAGCUUAUUGCAAAAGAAAAAGAUUGUAAUACCAAAGCGACAAGCUGUGAAACCAAAAGUGUCUGAGAAGCCAGUGCAAAUUGUACAGCCAGUUAUAUCUGACAUCGCUAAAAUAGAUAAUGGCUCUAAUACAGCUGCCAUAUCAACAACUCCCCUUAGUCAAAAGCGAAGAGGGAGAAAGUCAUUUUCAACAGACCUAUUAAAAUUUGAAGAUAUUGACGAAGAAGAUAAAGGAAAUCCUGUUUUAGUUUCCAUCUAUACCAACGAUAUACAUGAAUAUUUAAGGACAUUAGAAAGACAAACUCCUAUUACAAAAGGAUUUCUAUCGGGUCAAGAAGUCACGCCCAAAAUGAGGAGUGUACUUGUAGAUUGGUUAAUCGAAGUACAUCAACAAUUUCGAUUAAUGCAAGAGACAUUAUAUCUCACGGUCGCAAUUAUCGAUCGUUUUCUACAGGCUUUCAGAACCAUAGACAGAAAGAAAUUACAGCUGGUAGGUGUGGCAGCUAUGUUUAUCGCUAGCAAAUAUGAAGAAAUGUAUUCGCCGGAUAUAAGUGACUUUGUAUACAUCACAGACCAGGCAUAUACUAAAUUAGAUAUAUUGGAAAUGGAAUUGGUUAUAGUGAAAACCCUAGAUUACUCGUUUGGUCGCCCAUUACCACUGCAUUUUCUUCGAAGAUACAGCAAAGCUGGGAAGGCACUUCCUAUACAUCAUACAAUGGCUAAAUACUUUCUUGAACAAAGCUUAGUCCAUUAUGAAAUGUGCCAUUAUCCACCUAGUCUCAUUGCUGCAGCAGCAAUCUAUCUAGCAUUUUUAAUUAUUGGUAAUGAUGAGGAAGACGAAGAUAAACAUAUCUGGACAGAUACUCUAGUAUAUUACAGCACCUAUUCUAAGGACGAUGUGUUACCUGCAGUGAGUGAUAUAGCUGCCAUAAUAAUUAAAGCAGAAACAAACAAACAUCAAGCUGUAAGAAAGAAGUACGUCCAUGUAAAGCAUAUGAAAAUUAGUGUUCGACCGGAGCUUAAGUCGCCAAUUAUGCUUGCCAUUGCAGCAAGAAUUUAUGAAAGAGAAGAGUGCCAGGCAGAAAAAGAGAAAAAAAGAGAAAGUUAAACUGCGUCCUUCAAAAGCUAAAAUAAAGAACUUUAUCACAAAGUGAUGAAUAUUGUAUGAAUUAAAUAUUUGACACAAAUUUCUUAUUGAGUCUAUUCUCGUUCAGUUGAAGCAUAUUAACGAAAAACAGGACGUAUUUAGAGAUUUAUAUAUACAAAAGUUUGUUAAGAUUAGCAUGAAAAUUUAGUCAGGUAUCACUGAUGGAUUUUAUUUUGGACUGAGAUAGUUAAACUAGGUAAGCAGAAAUCAUACAAUGAAUCUUUUUAUAAUGAAAUAUUAA